AUGACCUUCAGUGAAGAAGAUGCCGAGCAAGAGCUGCUCGAACUCUUUACUUGCCACCGGUCCGACACCAUAGACAAGCAUGAACCGUAUCCCUGGCUGAAGACAAGUGGACUGGGAGGCGAAAAGCGGAAGCUGGCCACAGAAAACGAGAAGAAGAAUUACCAACGCCCCACGCUACAGGUGACUCAGCGCCAGGCCACCGAGCGUAUCCAGUACCAGCUUCCUGCGAGUCCGAAUGCGGGAAGAGUGUUAGCUCACGCAGCAUCUACCGUCGAGGCUUUGUUUCAGCAGCAUGGACCUAUGGUGUUCAAAAUCGGUUGGACCCAUGAUGCAGUCUGGAGAUGGUCCAACCGGCGAUACGGUUACCAAUACGAUCCCCAUGACUGCUGGGAUUGUAUGGUCGUGCUGUUCGUUGCAACGAACCCUUUCGGACCUGCAAUGCUAGAAGCUGCUCUGAUCGAUAAAUUCACAAGUGCCUGGUCUGCACCUGGCGAUGCCUCGAGUGGAAGCGGAAGCUUCAUGACAUAUGUUGUGUACAGAUCCUUUAAGCAUCCUCCGAAAGAAAGUGGGACGUUCAAGCGCCCUCCUAAGUCCUAA